UAUUGAUCAUUUAAAAACUGAUUUUCAUACUCCUACUCUUAGUCCUAUAAUUCUUUCUACUGAUUUAACUAACCGAGAGUCAGAUACUGAUAGUAUUGCCAAAUUAGUAUUAUCUAGAGCUUCUUCUUAUCUAUCUGAGGAACAAGAACAAAUUUGCUCUUCUACCCCAAAAACUAUUAUCAAUAUGGAGCAAGAAAAUUUAUUCAAUAAUGACAACAACCAAAAAGCAAACCAACUCCAAAAUAAUAUUUUUAUAGCAGAAGUUAACCCUUGGAACUUUGCACUAGGCCCACAAUUUCAACAAGUUCCACUUCUUAAAGAUACUGUAUUACAACUUUUUAGAGGUUCUGACUAUACUCAAGUCUAUACUGUUGAUUAUACAAAUUUAUUUGCUAAUAAUAAGUUUGCAAGUGAUAAUGAAUCUGAAACAACAGAAUUAUCUGAAGAGAAACCAUCUAUAGUAGAGUUAUCUAAAAAAGAAUUAUCUGAAUCCAAAUCAAAUA